UAUUACACAAAUGUAACUUUCACAUUUGUGUUUCAGGAAAACCAGAUGCCGCUGCUGAAACUCUUCUGGAUCAGGAAUGUGUAAAUCCUAUGAGUUACUCAAGCCAGCUAGAAGACUCUGGAUGUGAUGUCUCUAAUGACUAUGCUUUUGAUUCUUUAGCUUCUGAUUUUCACCAAUCUGAGCAUAAUGUUGACACUUCUAAAUGUUGGUUGGAAAGAAUUCCCCCAUUGAGUCUUUACUGUACUAGCAGGGAGGAAUCUCUGACUGCUCCAGUGCAGUUUUUGCAACGUCUGCUUGAAAUAAGAAAACUGUCAGAAGGAGGAAUUGUUCAAGCAGACUUCACAGAGCUUGAGAAUGAUUCUUUCACUGUAUGCAAUUCAGUGUCUCAGUUGCUUGAUGGACUGACUGUUUUUUACAACAGUCCUAAACUUCCAGUUUCAGAUUUUCUUACUGAAGCAGUUUGUGUUUUGAUCCGUUUAAUAACUGAUACUAAAUUAUCUAAUCAUGUCUUGAAGAAGUGUUUCAAGAAGCUGGAAGAAUUUAAGAAAAAUCUAAUUCAGAAUAUUUUAAGAAACAGCAGUGUCAAUAGGUUUCAGGCACUGCAUGCUGUAUCACACACGCUGGUUUUGCUAGCAAGGAACAACAUACUAAGAAAUUCUUUAAUAUCUCUUCUACUAUCAGAAGUACGUCAGUUUGCUGAGCAGCUAUUGCAAGCUUACCAG